UUCUUUUGGGCUUUCCUGUUCUAAAUGGUUUUUAGUAUUCUUGGUGUUGUUUCUUGAUUUUGUGUUUUUUUCCUCUUCGGUUUAUUGUUCUGGUCAAGGAAGUUGGGAUAAUGAGAGGUAAAGGGGGAGCAUCAGGAAACUACUUUAUAUUGAACACUGGGGCUAAAAUCCCAGUUGUAGGUCUUGGAACAUGGCAAAGUGGAGGAGACCUCUGCGUUGAAGCUGUAAAAACGGCCUUGAAGGUUGGUUACCGUCAUAUAGACUGUGCCCAUCUUUAUGGGAAUGAGAUUGAGGUUGGGGAAGCACUGGCUGAAGCUUUCAAGGGUGGCCUCAAGAGAGAGGAAUGUUUCUUGACUUCUAAGCUGUACUGUGGUACUAAUUCUAUCAAGAGAAUUGACAAUUCUGUUAGAGUUUCACUUCAGAACCUUGGAGUAUCGUACUUGGAUCUCUAUUUGGUACAUUGGCCCGAGUGUUCAGCUUUUGGUGAUGCUACUGAUCCUCCUUGGAAGUCAGGGACCGAGUAUAGGCAAUUUUUGCUCAGAUUGAAGCCAACAUGGAAAGCAAUGGAGGCUCUAGUGGAGUUGGGUCUGGUUCGAGCUAUUGGUGUUAGUAAUUUCAGUCUUCAGCAGAUAGAAGAAUUGCUUAAAUUUGCAAAGAUUGUACCAGCUGUGAAUCAGGUGGAGUUGCACCCUUUCUGGAGGCAGGAUGAACUUGUAAGAUUUUGUCAAUUGAAAGGAAUCCAUGUCUCUGCACACACUCCUUUAGGUGUUCCUGCUUCCGUCCCUGGACCGUCAGAUAGUGGAUCAUCAGGUGGUGAAGAUGAGCCUGGGACACCUCGGAUAUCAUUCCGAAGGUCCAGAUCAGUACAUGGGCCCAUGUUGAAAUUGUCUGUUGUUGCAGAAAUUGCGGAUCGCCAUAAAAAGACACCUGAGCAGGUCAUUCUUCGCUGGGGACUGCAAAGAGGAACCAUUGUCCUGCCUUGCAGCCUGAAUCCUGAAAGGAUUAUAAAAAACAUAGAUAUCUUCAAUUGGUCCCUAUCAGAUGAUGAAUGGAACCAGUUGAACAGGAUUGAACCACAGGUAUGCCUCUUCGGGAACUGGCCUGUUAGUUCAUCUGACAGUGGCUUCUUCUCUGGUAGCGGUGGAUUGUUCUCUGGAAGUAGUCCUCUCCAAGCUGUGAAUGAAAUGGAAGAUGAUGUUGAAUCCAAUACUUGAC